GGCGAGCCUGGCUCCGGCGCAUGCGUGGGCCAUCCAAUCGAGUGUGCUUCACGGUGCUCCCAGACCAGCAAAAGCGAUGUAGUGGCAGCGCCUGCUGGGGAUUCCCCUGGCUGAUGUAUCCUCUGGCAGUGCCUAUCGAAUGGCUCCAAUCGAUAGAGGAAUAUCCUACUCCUCUGACGCAACGCAACAACAUGCUGCUCCUGGGCAGAAGACUGCCUUCUACCGGCAUCCUGCGUCGCCUCAGCCUGCUUCACUUUUCCGGCGACUGGACGCCACUAGAGAAGCAAGUGUUCGAAGCGGAUAUGCGGGUUAUCAAGGACUUUGUCAGUGAGCAAGAGGAGCUGGGCCUGGUCCAGGAAAUAGAGCCCCAUCUCAGACGUUUGCCCUACGAGUCCAGCCAUUGGGAUGAUGCCAUUCAUGGUUACCGGGAAUCGGAGCGGAGAGACUGGACAGUGGCUAAUCGCAGCGUUUUGGAUAGGGUCUCUAAGACCGCCUUCAAUGGCCAGGUAAUGCCCCAUGUUCACAUUCUGGACCUCACCGAGGAGGGCGUCAUCAAGCCGCACGUGGACAGUGUUCGGUUCUGUGGCCAUACCAUUGCAGGUCUUAGCCUGCUCAGCGACUGUGUCAUGAGGUUGGCAAAGGUUUCCUCAAAGGAUGUAGCCAAGGAUACGGAGCACAGAGUCGCGGAUGUACUCCUGCCACGUCGAUCGCUGUAUAUAAUGAGCCAUGUGGCGCGUUACCAGUUUACGCAUGAGGUUCUGGACCAAGAGCAGUCGUGGUUUGGAAAUAGUCGAGUGGUGAAGAGGCGACGCCUCUCAGUUAUUUGUCGCAAUGAACCUUGAGGAGGGAUCCUAAUCAGAGGGAUAUAUAGCUAAUGCUGAGAAUCGUAGAUGCAACUAACACCCUUGAU